CGACGGUGUAGUACGCACACCGGCGUGUAUAAGAAUGUAAGACGACUCCGGCGGCGAGCCAGAUUGAUUCCAGCAAAGUCAGGCUAAAAUCGUAGAACUAACCAUGCUCUUCCAUAACCCCUGCCCACAGAACAGUUUUUCAUACAUCCGUGAUCUCACAUCAUCCUACACCGACAAGAGAAAUGACUCUGCCAUGGUGUCCGCCUCCGUCAUCAUGUUCGCCCUCACCGGCCUGUUCUUCAACCUCAACCUCUUCAGCGGCGUCUCUGACGUCAGCGCCAUCGUCCACCCCAAAGUCCGCCUCUUCCUCUCCUCGGCACUCUCCCUCUUCCUCCCCGUCAUGUCCUACCUCUUCUCCGAGGCCAAGAAUGCCGGGUUCUCAUCGAGCCCCACCCCCACCCCAUUGACGACGACGGACCUGUCGCUGAGGGCUGUACUUAUCCUGGCAUGGAUGCUUCUGGUGGAGCUCCUCCGCAAGAAAGUGGACGUGAUCCACAUGCACAGCUACUCGGGCACCGUCCAGCGUGCCGCACGCGUCAUCUGGCUGGGAAACCUUGUCUUCUUCAACAUCAGGGCCAUCAGUCGGAAGGUGGUGUUCAGCGUCCUUUGGAUCAUCUGCGCUACCAAACUUGUGCAGAGAAUCGCCUUCACCGAGGCCGGGAAGCGCUCGUACGCCCAUGGCAAGAACGCCCGGGUCAUCAGCUCCUACAUGGCUCAGAUGCUAGUAGAGCACUGUCGUUUGAGUAGUGCCCGUGAUGUGGAGCAGCAGCAGGGAGGAGACGAGCUGCUCAAGAGGUGCAAGUACAUUGUCAUGGGAGAAGAGGAGCUAGUGGAGGAGCCCACUGCCGAUGGCUACAAGCUGAAAAAGGUGACCUCAGACUCAGAUAGCAGCAGCAGCAUCGUCACAGUGGGGAAAGUUUGGGAGUUUGCCGAUGAACACAAGCUCUUCAAUUCCUCGGACAAAAAUGACCAGCUGAAAAGGAUCUGCCUCUCAUUUGCUCUCUUCAAGUUGCUUCGUCGAAAGAUCGAGCACCCGCAGGGGAUGACCGGCAAAGAAGCCUGCGAUUGCCGGGACCUCAUAUUGAGGGGCCUGUACAACAAUGAAGCCGACGAGCUUGCUGCAACUAGCUUCUCUCUCUUUAUUGCUUCUUUUCUCUUCUUGCUUUUCAAUAAAACACUUGAACUUAAUUCAUGA